CCUCGUCUUGGUCUUUUUUCCCCGGCUCAAAACAUUCUCCACACCGCGUCUCCCCGCGGCCAUGGUAACAGAACAGUGUAACGGCAGUAUUGCACACAUGAACUGAAACAAGUUCUUCUCUCUGAAUUUACCUGCCAGACAUUGUCCGCCCAGAGAUACAUCGUUGUCCAUUGAGAUGAACCUGGCAGAGAUCUGUGACAACGCCAAGAAGGGCAGAGAAUAUGCUCUGCUGGGGAACUAUGACUCCUCUAUGGUCUACUACCAGGGAGUUAUCCAGCAGAUACACAAACACUGCCAAGUCCUCAGAGACCCUGCGCUCAAAGUGAAGUGGCAACAGGUGAGACAGGAGCUGGUGGAGGAAUAUGAGCAGGUGAAAGGCAUCAUGGGAACUCUCGAGAGUUUUAAGGUGGACAAACCGGCUGACUUCCCUGUCACCCAGCUAGAGGGGGAACCCAAAGACCCCCACGUGUGGCCCCCUCCCACCCCCGCCGAGCAUAGGGCUCCGGCUGCAGUGAAACGUCCUAACAGCGGUGUGAAGCCCCAGCAGAGAAAGGACUCCCCAGGGAUGCAGCCCAGAGGGGCUCCAGGGGGGAGGGGCCAAACCAACUCCAAAUCAGACCGCCCCGGCCCCAAGGACGGCCCCCGAGGCGCCAAGGCCAGGGAUGACAAGUCUAGUAAAAAGGUUGUGGGAGAGGGAGCAGCAGAGGGAGAGCUGAAGAAGUUUGACGGAUCCGGGUAUGACAGCGACCUUGUGGAGGCCCUGGAAAGAGACAUCGUGUCCCGGAACCCCAACAUCCACUGGGGGGACAUUGCGGACCUGGAAGAUGCUAAGAAGCUGCUGAGGGAAGCGGUGGUUCUGCCCAUGUGGAUGCCCGACUUCUUCAAGGGCAUACGACGACCCUGGAAGGGUGUUUUGAUGGUAGGCCCUCCAGGAACGGGGAAGACCAUGCUGGCUAAAGCCGUAGCAACAGAGUGUGGAACCACCUUCUUCAACGUGUCCUCCUCAACCCUCACCUCUAAAUACAGAGGAGAGUCUGAGAAACUGGUGCGCCUACUCUUUGAGAUGGCGCGUUUCUACUCCCCGACCACAAUCUUCAUAGAUGAGAUUGACUCUAUCUGUGGGAGUCGAGGGAAGUCAGACGAACACGAAGCUAGCCGCAGAGUCAAAUCAGAAAUUCUGGUACAGAUGGACGGUGUGGGGGGAGCUUCAGAGAGUGAUGACCCCUCUAAGAUGGUUAUGGUCCUGGCGGCUACUAACUUCCCCUGGGACAUCGACGAGGCGCUGCGGCGACGACUGGAGAAGAGAAUUUACAUCCCGUUGCCUACAGCUGUGGGCCGAGCUGAGCUGCUGAAGAUCAGUCUGAAAGACGUGGACGUGGCAGAAGAUGUGGAUCUGGCUCUUAUUGCUGAGAAGAUAGAGGGAUACUCUGGAGCUGAUAUUACAAACGUCUGCAGGGAUGCAUCCAUGAUGGCGAUGCGUCGGCGUAUCCAGGGCCUCUCUCCGGAGGAGAUCAGGGCUCUGUCUAAGGAGGAGCUUCAGAUGCCCGUCACUAUGGACGACUUCACCAUCACCCUGAAGAAGAUCUCCAAGUCCGUGUCUGCUGCCGACCUGGAGAAGUACCAGGCCUGGAUGGAGGAGUAUGGAUCCGUCUAGGGACAGAACAGUGUAGCCAGUCGGGACUGGAUCCCCACAGACCGCCUCUUUACUGGUCAUCUGGAUGUCCCUGGAACACCAGGAGUCUGUGUCGACCCCUGAACGUCCUUAGGACGUCGCUGUUUUGCCGGGAGUGUAAACUGUACAGUUGCUAGGCAACCAGCACUAUUGGAUUAUGAGUUUGCGCAACACCGUUGUCUUGUAGCUGUUCACUGAAUACUUUUUUUUGGCGUGGAUUGUUUAGACAGGAAGGUACCGAGAUAAAGUGUGUUUGCAAAGUGUGUGGAGAGGAGAACAACUAGAGUCGUUUGUAGGUCGAGUGGAGGACGAGUGUGUGAAGUGGAAACCGCUGGGGCACUCUGUUUUUGGCUGGGAUGAAAGGGGGCAUCUCGACAGUCUGAAGUGGCUUCCUUUCCUACUCUCCUUUCCUUCUUUUGCGUGGACCUCCCUCCAGCACACUCCACCCACUGCUCCACCCACCGGUCUCCAUGCGUCUGUCUAACCAGGGUGUCUGAUAUGGCACCCUAUUCCCUACUUUAACCAGGGCCCACAGAAGUCGGGUCAGAUGUGGCUCACUGUACAGGGGACAGGGGGCGCCAUAUCUGCUGCGGAGCGCAUGCACUGAUGCCUGAAUGGAUCCACAGCGGGACGCACAUGUGUGAAAUGUCCAUGCUCUGCUUUUUUGCAGAAGCACUACGUUUCACAUUCGUCACAAGAUAAAAUGCGGCAGAGCAAGGUUGUUUGAAUGGUUCAGCCGUUAGUUUGGCCAGCAAUCUGUCGGCCACUACCGGAGGUUUUACUGCUGGUACUGACUCUGGUGCUGAUUGGCUGAUUGUUUCAGGGGUGUUUGAGCACCUGGCUUUCACAUGUAUUGUGUCUGGAGAAGUUGCUACUAGUUACAGCAACUACUGUCAUUUAUGUGCUAAGUAGAGUUCACUGAUGAACACUGAACGUCAGUGUUUAUUAUUGAUCACUAAACUAUUGGAAAUUGUUUUUAUACAGUACCUGUCAAAGGUUUGGAUGAUAAACUUUUGUCUGCUACUGUAUCCCAAUACCAGGCAGAGUUUUUUCUGUGUUUCAUGUAGGAACACAUUAAGUAACCAUUCAUCCAUUAAAGAACCCUCCAAGCCUGGGGCGGUAUUGAGUUUUAUUUUAUUUUAAAAUGUAAUUUAAUUCCAUUGUUUUAAUUUAACAGACAUGAACUGAACACGUAAUGAUUCACGUUUGUGAAUGUUUUGAACAAAAAUGCACUCGCACCUGAAAACAGAAAGUCGUAAUGAAUUGGGUAUUUCUUUUUUUUCGUUGAUUAACUGGAGUCUUUAAUAAGCCACAGAGCUACAGGUUGUUUAUAACUAUACGAGUGUCUCAAAUGAGUUCCUAUUCCCUUUUUUAUUGCACUGUAGAUAAUGUGUAUACUAUACAGGGAAUAGGUUGCCAUUUGGAAGACUUCCUUUGUUUAUUGCUGGGUCAAAUUGGCCCGUAUCUACCUUUAGCCUAGAAAACCAUUGUCCUUCUUUUGUGAAUGUAAAGAGACAGUCAGGGUCUUACCUGCAGUGGCUUUUAUGUGUUGUAUCGCUUUUAAUGUCUUGAUGAACAGGACAAUAAUAAAGAGUUCAUGACA